CGUAGUACUGUCGAAGGAUGCGAGUACGCAGGAUCGUUGCAGGAUCGAGUCGUAUUAGACCGUAUCUGCAACCGUUUAAAACGGGUUUAAAACUGCGAUCGGGCCAAUCGACGCGUCCCGUUGGGCCUUAGCGAGCUUUAGCGAGGUCAAAAAUUCCCUCGCAGAUACGGUCUAUUGUCAACAGGUGUUUUCUGUCAAAUAUUGUCGGAGUACCGCAGGCCUGCCACCGUAGCUAAGGUCCGCAAACCGACUUCAAUAGUUCUAACCCGGAGGGCACGUAAUCUACAGGACGUAAGAACAGAACAGGACGAGACAAUCAUGCCGGAGAAGUACGCAAGCUUUUUUUUGCAGUGCAUACAAGCCAGCGCUUAGCGCUCUAUCAAAUCCAUCAUGAACUCAUUCUGAGUUGACUAGGGAUGAGUCUUUGACUGGGGUUAUAUUUAGCACCGAUCUCUCUCUUCCCCCUAUACAUCGGUUCCGUCGAAACAAGACCCUUCUGUACAAAAGGACCACAACAAGGAUUCGGGAUACUGCAUAAACUUCCCUUCUUUCCUUCGAGGCGUUUCAAGAGUCAACACCAGUACUUGCUAAAUACUCACUAUGUCUACCGAGACAGCCCAAACACAGCCCAUACUCAUCGUCGGUGCUGGACCUUCCGGUCUCAUCUCAGCCCUCACCCUGAGGAAGAACGGGGUGCCCGUGCGUCUCAUAGAACGACGAACCUCUCCCUAUGGAGGGAUCCGAGGAACUACCUACCAGCCGCGCAUUCAACAAAUCUUUGCCUCGCUCGGAGUUCUGGAUGACAUCAUGACCAGAACGCAGGGUAUCACCCGCAUUGCGGCUCAUGGUGCCGGAAAGGAGAUCCUCGAACUGAAGGAGUUCGUCCAGCUCGCGCCAGAAUCUCCUGGUAUUCCAUACCGCGUUCCCAUCGUUCUAAGUCAGGCCUCCCUCGAGGAGGUCCUCCGCGAUCAUGUCGAGAAAGCCGGUGUCAAGAUCGAAUGGGGUGUCGCAUUGACCGGACUUUCACAGGAUGACGAUAAAGUUGCCGUUCGUCUCGUCACUGACGGCAAGGAGAUCGAAGAGUCCUUCCCGUAUGUUCUCGCAGCCGAUGGCGGUCAAGGGGCGACUCGCAGGGCACUGGGGCUUGCUUUCCUGGGCGAGAGUCACCGUGAAGACGUGCUCUUGACGGCGAACAUCGAAACAGACGAUAUCGGCCACGACCACUGGCAUCGUUGGGGCCAACACGGUGAUACGGUGUUCUUCCUCAAGCCCAUCAAGCCAGCCCCACUUUUCCAAGUCCAAGUCAUGGGGAGGCUUCCCGCUCCUCUACCGAAGGACACCGAGGGCCUCCAAACCUUGUUCAACACGAUCAGCAAGUCCACGGAUAUAAAGUUGCGCAACGCCACCUGGAUCUCGGAGUGGCAUGCCAAUAUCCGAAUGACCGACAAAUUCAAUGUUGGCCGUGUGUUCUUGGUCGGAGAGUGUGCACAUUGUCACAGUCCUGCCGGAGCACAAGGCGCAAACAGCGGCAUCAUGGACGCAAUGAACCUCGCCUGGAAGAUCGCCCUCGUCCAUAAAUCGCUCGCCCACCCUUCCCUCCUCUCGACCUACGAAACCGAGCGCCUCCCCACCAUCGCCGAGAUGCUCAACAAGACCACCGAACUGCACAAGAACGCCUUCCACCACACCCCCACCUCCUCCGCCCUCGCCUCCGGAGCCCCCGCCGUCGACCCCAAAGCGGCGAAAGAUCCCAUGUUCAGACCCGUGACGGGCUCGCAGCUCGGUGUCAACUACCGAUGGAGCCCUCUCGCUAUUGACGGUAGAGCGCUCGGUGGCACUGACACGGACGAGGAGACUCAGAAGAACCCGUACGGCCGUAUCGGGGACAAAGUUCGUGCAGGCGACCGUGCGCCUGACGCACCCGGCUUAAAAGAGGUGUCACUGUCAGCGCCUGCUAGUACUGGCCAGCAGACGACCUUGCACAAAGUCAUCGCGGGCUGCGAUAGACAUCAUAUUAUCGUCUUUACAGACGUGGAUCAUGUGGACUCGGAAUCUCUGGCUGCGUUCGACAAGUAUGUUUCCUCCGGUGUGGCGUCGACGAGUAUUAUACUUGCUUCUGGAACAUCCACGGGCUCGCUUUCAAGCGGGGAGAACCGUGGUGUCCGGGUGUUUGUGGACGAGGCUGGCCACGCUUAUAAUGGUUACGAUGUCGAGAAUGGGAAGACUGUGUAUGUGGUGAUUCGGCCCGACGGGAUGAUUGGAGCUUAUGCGGGUGGAAUUGUACUUUCAGAAGAUUGUUAGCGGAGUUUGAUGCCUCGAAGGGGUGGAUGUAGGCCGUAGAGUGUACUUUUACUUGGAUUGAAGAAUGAUUCCCG